UUUUUUGGGGGGUUAUUCGAGAGGUUUCUCUCUCUAUCUUCUUUCUUUACUCUCUCUGUGUGUGUAGUCUUAAAACCAUACCCUUUUGUUCGGGGCUCUCUCUCUCUCUCUUCCGCUCUUUUGUGUGAUUUGUUUGGAGGAUUCCCCCAAACACAAAGCACUAAAAAGAAAAGAAAAGAAAAGGAAAAAAAAGAGGACAGAGAGAGAAGAAGAUAAUUCCGGAGAAACACUCAAACGCCGGUGAUGCUUAAAACGACGCCGUAUCGCCAGGCAAGUUCGCUGGAAAUGCGAUAAGGAAGAAGGAAGAUUUCGUCGUUUUUUGGAGUUUUUUCUUUUUUGUUUAUGAAUCGAAAAUGCGUGAAGCACUUCUCUGCGAUUCGCCAAGCGACGUCGUUUCGAGCACGAACAGCAACCAUAGCCAUAGCCACAACCAGAAAAAGCUUCUAGAGAAAGAUUCCGCUCUCCUCCUCCCUCCUCCCCCUCCGCUGCCGGUUCUUCUCGUCGGCCGGAGCCGCUCCCAAGGCGGAAGCACUCGGAGAGUCACUCCGACCACGACCGCCGUCGCCACGUCAGCGGCGUUCUCGGUCAAGGCCGAGGCGAUAAUCGGAAUCGGCGCGACGACGGUGGAGAAAGCCCUGCCGAACGGCGAUCUCUACAUCGGGAGCUUCUCGGGAUCGGUGCCUCACGGAUCGGGGAAGUAUCUGUGGACGGACGGGUGCAUGUACGAGGGGGACUGGCGGCGGGGGAAGGCCUCCGGGAAGGGGAAGUUCUCGUGGCCGAGCGGCGCGACGUACGAGGGGGAGUUCAAAUCGGGGAGAAUGGAAGGGUUUGGGACCUUCAUCGGAUCCGAUGGCGACACCUACCGCGGGUCGUGGAGCUCCGAUCGGAAGCACGGAUACGGUCAGAAGAGGUACGCGAAUGGCGAUUUCUACGAAGGAUCGUGGAAGAGGAAUCUCCAGGACGGACAAGGGAGGUACGUGUGGAAGAACGGGAACGAGUAUGUGGGAGAGUGGAAGAACGGCGUGAUCAACGGCAGAGGGAUUCUGAUUUGGGCGAACGGGAACCGGUACGACGGCCAGUGGGAGAAUGGCGUGCCGAAGGGGAACGGAGUGUUUACCUGGCCCGACGGGAGUUGCUAUGUCGGGAGCUGGAACAAGGACAUGAAGAUCCACUAUCUGAACGGGACGUUUUACCCCGGGAACAGUGGUAAGGACUUGAAGAAGAGCAACGGAGGGGAGUUAUUGGGGGAGAAUUUGACAAUCACUACGAGGAAGAGGUCUUCGGUGGACGGCACGGCGAGAGGGAGCGUGGCGGAUAGGGGCUUCCCGAGGAUCUGCAUUUGGGAGAGCGACGGAGAGGCUGGGGAUAUCACCUGCGAUAUAAUUGACAAUGUGGAGGCUUCGAUGCUCUAUCGGAACGGUAUUUCGACGGUCGCAACUGGCUUCGAUUGCGAUUUCCGGCAGUUUCGGAGGAAUCCGUGGUGUUUCAGCGGCGAGGCGAAGAAGCCCGGACAGACUAUUGCCAAAGGGCACAAGAAUUACGAUUUGAUGCUUAAUCUUCAGCUAGGGAUUAGGCAUUCUGUGGGGAAACAUGCUUCCAUGUUGAGAAAGCUUAAGCCAAGUGAUUUCGAUCCAAAAGAGAAGUUCUGGACUAGGUUUCCUCCCGAAGGAUCGACCAAAACUCCUCCUCAUCAGUCCAUUGAUUUCCGGUGGAAAGAUUAUUGUCCAAUGGUGUUUAGACAUUUGAGGGAAUUGUUCCAAGUUGAUCCAGCGGAUUACAUGCUAGCAAUUUGCGGAAAUGACGCUCUCAGAGAGCUUUCAUCGCCAGGAAUGAAGAGUGGAAGCUUCUUUUACCUGACGCAGGACGAUAGAUUUAUGAUAAAGACAGUGAAGAAAUCAGAAGUCAAGGUCCUUAUUAGGAUGCUUCCUAGUUAUUACCAACAUGUUUGCCGUUACGAGAAUUCACUUGUGACGAAAUUCUACGGCGUGCAUUGUGUCAAACCAGUUGGUGGUCAGAAGACGCGGUUUAUUGUGAUGGGCAAUUUGUUUUGCUCAGAGUAUCGAAUCCACAGGCGUUUCGACCUUAAAGGUUCCUCUCAUGGCCGAACAACCGAUAAGCCUGAGGGUGAGAUUGAUGAAACAACAACCCUCAAGGAUUUGGAUCUCAAUUUUGUGUUUCGCCUACAACAAAAUUGGUUCCAAGAGCUCAUGAAACAAAUAGAUCGAGAUUGUGAGUUCUUGGAAGCAGAGAGAAUCAUGGAUUACAGUCUGUUGGUUGGUCUUCACUUUCGUGAUGAUAAUAGAUACGACAAAAUAGGGUUGUCACCUUUUGUUCUGCGGACUGGCAAAAAGGAUUCCUAUCAAAAUGAAAAGUUUAUGCGUGGCUGUCGUUUCCUUGAGGCGGAAUUGCAAGACAUGGAUCGGGUUUUAGCUGGCCAGAAGCCAUUGAUCCGGUUAGGAGCUAAUAUGCCCGCAAGAGCGGAGCGGAUGGCCAGGAGAAGCGACUUCGACCAAUACACCUCUGGUGGUAUUAGCCAUUUAACUCCUUCACGCAGUGGUGAGACUUAUGAGGUGGUCCUGUAUUUUGGGAUCAUUGACAUCUUGCAAGACUACGACAUCAGCAAGAAGUUAGAGCACGCCUACAAGUCCUUACAAGCUGACCCCACGUCAAUUUCAGCUGUUGAUCCCAAGCUUUACUCGAGGAGGUUUCGGGACUUCAUAGGGAGAAUAUUUAUUGAGGACAGGUAGCAUUGGCAAUAAGGAAGGAAAAAUUCAACAUCCAACCUCUACAAUGUUGGAUUGAUCAGAAUCCGGCAGCCAUUUUUGGGCCCCCUUAUGGGGAGGUGGAUUCGGAUACAUGUGGCGUCUCCAGCCGGCAUGUGGAGUAUAAAAAAGAAAAGCCUUUCUAAUUCAGAAUCGGGCCACUGGGAUUGUGGCAGCGAUGCGGGAAGGAAAAGGUUGGCAUUAUUGGUCUUUCGGAGGGUUCUGCUUAUAGUGGCUGAAUUUUGAAGAUACAGCCAUGGGGUUAGUGUUGGGAAGCAGACGGGUAUUUGUACAUUCAAGGGGGUGAUGGAAAGUUUGAUUCUAAUUUUUUUUUUUUUUUUUUUUUUUUUUUUUUUUUUUUUUUUUCCUUGUGGGUGAAAAUUUUUGUGGUAAUCAAGCGAUGUGAAGAUUUGGAAGAUAGAGGUACAGUUAAGACAAAUGUUUCCACCAAGAGAAGAUUCAAAUGGGAGGGAGGUGACUACGGAAUAAGUGUACAGUCUUAUAGAAAAACAAAAAUGUUGAAUAUGGAUACCUUACGAAAUUC